CACGCGCAAAGAAUCAAUACACUACACAAGCAACCCGCAACACCCAUCCUUGAUCCGCAGAAUGUCCUCACAACAAUACUACGCCUACCCCGGCAUCGGCGCAACCAACAAACGCGAGUACUCAUACUCUCAGGCCGUCCGUGUUGGAGACAUCGUCAAAUGCUCCGGCCAGGGCGGGUGGGACGACAAUGGCAACAUCGAUGCAAACGACCUCCCGGGGCAAAUCGUGAAGGCAUUCCAGAACGUCGAGAAGAACGUCCGGGAUGCCGGAUUGCGCGGAUGGGAGGAUGUGUAUUCUGUCCGCAGCUACCAUAUCUCGCUAGAACAGUCGUUUGAUUUGAUGGUGGCGCAGUUCAGGAAGUUCAUGCCGAACCACCAGCCUAUUUGGACUUGUGUUGGCGUCCGGGAGUUGGGACUUCCGGGGAUGAUUGUUGAGCUUGAAGUGGAGGCUAAGGCGAAUGUGAUCUAACUGUCUUGUGCCCAUUUCCAUGGAGAAAGUCAUAUGUACCUGGAGAUGCUAUUAUAGUGGUGCGCGUAAAUUUAGGAGUCCUAGGGCCUUACGAGAGGAAC